AUGAGAAGUGGUGUUGGAUUCGGUCACACCAAGGGCAACUCCGGUUCAGAAGCAGACGAUGAGACUCAGUUGACGUGCUACACCGACCAGUAUCGCAGUCGCCGACGCAGCAAAGGUUCCCUCAAAAGCCCGGUGAACAAGACGGCUCUCACUUUAGUUGCCGUGAGCUCUUGCAUCCUGGCUAUGGUCUGUGGCACCCAGAUCUCCUGUCCACUCACGGUCAAAGUGACCCUUCAUGUCCCUGAACACUUCAUUGCUGAUGGGAGUGGGUUUGUUGUGAGUGAGGGCAGCUACUUGGACAUCUCCGACUGGCUGAAUCCUGCAAAGCUCUCCCUGUACUAUCAAAUCAAUGCCACCUCACCAUGGGUCCGCGAUCUUUGUGGGCAGGCAGAGAACAACGGACGUUGCGAACAUCUCUGUGAUGAAGAAACUGGUGAGUGCAGCUGCCAUGAAGGAUACGCCCCCGAUCCUGUGCAUCGACACCUUUGUAUCCGUAACACCUGGGAACACAGUGAAGGCCCCUGGCCGUACACAACUUUGGAAAGAGGUUAUGAUUUGGUGACAGGAGAACAAGCUCCAGAGAAAAUUCUUAGCCUGGGCCAAGGCCUUUGGCUUCCCGUGAGUAAAAGUUUUGUGCUUCCUCCGGUGGAGCUUUCCAUCAAUCCGUUGGCCAGCUGCAAGACGGACGUCCUCGUGACAGAAGAUCCAGCAGACGUCAGGGAAGAAGCAAUGUUGUCCACCUAUUUCGAGACCAUCAACGACCUGCUCUCGUCCUUUGGACCGGUUCGUGAUUGUUCUCACAAUAACGGAGGCUGUACCCGCAACUUCAAAUGUGUAUCGGAUCGUCAGGUGGACUCAACCGGUUGUGUGUGCCCUGAGGACCUGAGACCCAUGAAGGAUGGGACCGGUUGCUAUGACUACUCGAAGGGGAUUGAUUGCUCAGAUGGCUUCAACGGGGGUUGCGAGCAGCUGUGCCUUCAGCAGACACUCCCUCUCCUGUGGGACCCAACCUCUAGCACCAUCCACAUGUUCUGUGGUUGUGUUGAGGAGUACAAGUUGGCUCCAGAUGGCAAGUCCUGCCUCCUGUUAUCGGACAUCUGUGAGGGCCCCAAGUGUCUCAAGCCAGAUGUGAACUUCAAUGACACUCUCUUUGGAGAGAUGCUUCAUGGCUACAACAACAGGACCCAACAUGUCAACCAAGGCCAGGUUUUCCAGAUGACCUUCAGGGAGAACAAUUUCAUCAAGGACUUUCCCCAACUGGCUGAUGCGUUGGUGGUCAUCCCUCUACCGGUUGAGGAACAGUGUCGUGGUGUGCUAUCAGAACCUCUUCCUAACCUCCAACUGCUAACUGGGGACAUUCGAUAUGAUGAAGCCAUGGGGUACCCAAUGGUUCAACACUGGAGGGUCCGGAGUAACCUGUACAGAGUGAAGCUCAGCACGAUCGCCCUCUCGGCAGGAUUUGCAAAUGUCCUGAAGAUUCUGAACAAGGACAGCAGCCGUGAGGAGCUGCUCUACUUCAUCCAGCAGUAUGGCUCCCAUUACAUAGCCGAGGGUUUAUACGGCUCCGAAUUCAGUUGCACGAUUCACUUCCCAAGCAAGAAGAUCCAACAGCAGCUCUGGUUGCAAUAUCAGAAAGAUGCAUUGUGCAAUGUGAUAAACAACCUGGUACAUCAUUAA